UACCUAGGUUGGAUGUAUAGUGCACACCUAGGCUGGAUAAAAGUGAAGUAGAGUGCAGUGCUGUACAGUAUCUCACUCCCAACUUUGUAAGUUGCUACUCCCAACUUUGCAAGUUACUAACCUACAUGCAUUGAGCCAAGCCGAGAAGCUUCGUCGAAGAAGUAAGCUCGGCGGAAGAGGCCCUCAGCGCCUCGGCGCCACUGCCAAUGCCAAUGCGGGGACACCGAGCAUUGCAGUUUGCUGUUGUUUGCUGUUCAGCUGGUUGGCCAGUGCUGCAUUUCUUUUUACAGUCGUUUGCACAUGCCGGCGGGCAUCCAUUACUGGAGGUGUGUGGACUGCCCGCCUUACGAUACACUACAAUUGCGGGCCGUCCCUCUGCAAGCUGUCGAUUGGGACGCUACUGUUUUUCUGUCUUCGGUUCGGUUGCCUUGUUUUACACUUGAAUUUUUCUGGCUCCGUCAGGUUGGAUAUCCAAGGACCUUACCCUCCUAAUCUCCCCUGCCCUGUGCAUGUAUGGAGUUCUGGCAUACGAGAGGGUUUGCCGAGACUACUUCUUGACGUGUAAAUACUCUCCAGGCGGCUGUGACGGGCCUGUAAGAUUUGCGAAACGACCGCCAUGGCCCGUCUCUGACUGAUGGACUGGGGGAGAAAAUCACUCAAUUGCAUCAGCGUGCUGUUUCAUUCCCUCCGAGAGGUGGGUGGUUGUGAGCAGCCCCCCCAAGCGCGCACAAACUUUAAAGAGAAAAAAAUGGGUAUGGCCGAG